GCCGUUUUUGUCGUUAGACGUCAAUUGACUGUCGAGUUUCGAUACCUAUCGACAGCCACACCCGUGUGUCCACGUGCACAAGCGGUGCAAAGCGGUGUAAUCGUGAUUCGUCUCGCUUUUUCGAAGAAAAAAUACGACCUAUUCAGUUGUUAAUUCGAUUGAAUUAAUAAUUUCAUUACAGGAAAAUGGCAGAUCGUUUAGAUAUAGUAAUAUUUGGCGCCACUGGAUAUACCGGAAAAUAUGUAGUGAAAAAUGCAACUCAUAUGUGUAAGGAUCGAAAAAUGAAGUUUGGUAUUGCUGGUCGUAGGAAAGAAGCUUUAGACGCAGUUGUUAAGGAAUUUGCCUCAGAUAUUGAGAAUGUGCCUGUUAUUCUGGCUGACGUAAAAGAUGAGGAAUCUCUCAAGAAAAUGACAAAACGAGCAAAGAUACUCAUUAAUUGUUGUGGUCCAUUCAGAUUUUAUGGAGAACCAGUUAUUAAAGCAUGCAUUGCCAGUCAUACUCAUUAUGUUGACGUCACUGGUGAAGAACAGUUUAUGAUUGAAAUGCAGUUAAAAUAUAACGAAGCAGCAAAAGAAGCUGGCGUUUACAUGGUAAGCGCUUGUGGCUUUGAUUGUAUUCCUAGUGAUUUGGGAAUCAUUUUUACACAACAGAAAUUUGAAGGAGAAAUCAAUUCUAUUGAAAUAUAUAUGAAUAUGUGGUCGAGCGCUACUACUAAUAAGAAAGGUCCACUUUUUAAUUAUGCAACUUGGGAAAGUGCAGUACAUAGUUUGGGUCAUGCAGAGGAAGUAUCAGAACUACGCAAAAAAUUAUAUCCUACCAAGUUGCCUGAAUUCACACCGAAAUUAACAAGAAAGAUGAUGCAUCAAAGCGAUGUUGUUAAAGGAUGGUCCACACCAUUUGCGAGUGCCGAUCGUUCAGUAGCUCUUCGUACACAGCGAUUCUUAUAUGACGAAUAUAAACAGAGGCCUGCGCAAAUUCAAGUUUAUCUUACAAUAAAGUCUUUCCUCGAUUUCCUGAUGAUGGUGAUUGGCAGUAUGCUUAUCUUAAUUUUGACUCGCUCAUCAUACGGUCGUAAUUUACUUCUAAAAUAUCCAGCUCUAUUUUCGGCGGGUUUUGCAAGUCACGAGAGCCCGAAUCCGGAAAUGCUGAAAUCGACACAUUUUUCUUUUACAUUUGAAGCUAGUGGAUGGACUGAGAAAUUGGCUGAAGCUACCGAUAAACACACAGAUUCACCUAAUAAGAAAGUAAUCACCAGAGUCUCUGGUGAUUCUCCCGGAUAUGAGUUGACUAGCAUCAUGGUGAUCUUAUCGGCAAUAACAAUUCUUAACGAAACUGACAAAAUGCCUUACAACGGAGGAGUACUUACUCCCGGUGCUGCGUUUGGUAGAACAUCUCUGAUCGAGCAACUAAUAAAACAUAACGUGAAAUUUGAGAUGAUAUCGUCUAUCGAGAAAUAAAGAGAGAAAAAGAGAGAGAUAAUAAUAGAAAAUUCUAUAUA